CGGAACGUUGGCAAAGUUGUGCCACGAGCGCCCUCUUUUUGUGACAAGUUCGCAGUGACCACGUUUUGCUGUACGGCAAAAAUUAAUAAUAUUCAGCACCAUGGGUCGCGUACGUACAAAAACCGUGAAAAAGGCAUCGAAAGUAAUAAUCGAGAAAUAUUACACUCGUUUAACUCUUGAUUUCCACACCAACAAACGCAUUUGUGAGGAAAUCGCAAUCAUCCCGACCAAACCUCUGCGUAACAAAAUCGCGGGAUUUGUAACCCAUUUGAUGAAGCGACUUCGCCAUUCCCAAGUCCGUGGAAUUUCCAUCAAAUUGCAAGAGGAAGAGAGGGAAAGAAGGGAUAACUUCGUUCCUGAAGUCUCUGCUCUGGAGCACGAUAUUAUUGAAGUUGAUCCAGAGACUAAAGAGAUGUUGAAGAUGCUCGACUUCAACAAUAUCAGCGGGUUGCAGUUAACGCAACCUACUGCAAACACGUUUAAUAGACGCGCAUAAUUUGUAUUUAAUUUGACACCAAUAAAUUUUCAUUAUUA